UAAUAAAAGUACUAACAAUCAAUAAAAUCUCAGUAUACAGCAAACGAAUUCAACAUCAGACAAAACACGUUAUUUUCACAAUGCUGCCGAUAUUAUUGUUAUUUCUCUCUUUGUAUGGUAUUAGUUGUGAUCCUGAAACGGUGAGAGAUAAUUUCGACUACUUUAGCUAUGGAAAUGACGAUAAUGUCAUAAAGAACCCCGAUUUACAUGCGCCUAAAGACGACAUUGUUCUUAGACCACAGGAGGUCAAGGACUGGCCACAACAGUCUCUAAAUGUGGGACAAAUUACAGCUGUCUCUAUCAAUUCUUUAGGACAGCCCGUUAUAUUUCAUAGGGCUGAAAGAAUUUGGGACGAAAGCACCUUCAACGAAUCUAAUGUUUACCAGAACCUCGAUAAAGGGCCAAUUAUUGAGGACACUAUACUGGUUCUCGAUCCACAGACAGGCUCAGUUUUGCACAGCUGGGGCGCUUACGCGUUUUAUAUGCCCCACGGUUUAACUGUGGAUCAUCAUGACAAUGUUUGGGUCACAGAUGUGGCUAAACAUCAGGUAUUCAAGUAUACCCCAAGCAAUCACAAAUAUCCAACACUGACAAUUGGUGAGGCAUUUACGGCUGGCUAUCCCUACAGACGGAGAGUCCUUCUGUGCAUGCCGACAUCCGUUGCCAUCGCAACAACAGGAGAAAUCUUCGUCGCCGACGGCUAUUGUAACAACCAGAUCCUCAAAUUUAACGCGGCUGGUACAUUGCUCUUAGCCAUUCCGUCAUUCGCAGAGACAUUCACACUAAAUCUACCACAUAGCGUGACCCUCCUAGAACACCUAGACAUGGUUUGCGUCGCUGACAGAGAGAAUAUGCGAAUCGUCUGCCCAAAAGCUGGUUUAAAGAGCUAUGCGAAGAUGCUCGAACCAGCAACCGUUAUUGAGGACCCGACUUUGGGACGAGUUUUCGCAGUGACGUCACACGGCGACAUGAUUUAUGCCGUGAAUGGCCCGACAGCUCAAAAUAUUGCUGUGAGAGGAUUUACUGUUAACGUCGUGUAUGGUAACAUAUUGGAUUCCUGGGAACCGAGCACGGGCUUCACAAACCCCCACUCUCUAGCAGUAACACGGAAUGGAUCUCACCUCUACGUCACAGAAAUUGGGCCGAACAAAAUAUGGAAAUUCGAGCUCACAGAUGUGUAUGACAGAAAAUAAAGCUUAUUCAUCAUUCCUAUAAGAAGCUUUAAUCACAAUGAUGUAACGUGUAGAUCAUAGGGACCUGCUU